AUGAUGACGACGAUAGGGUCCCGACUUCCCAAAGAGACUCCUUAUCAGCUCGAUCCUGAACAGACACUCAAAGCUUCUCGAGCCUUGCUACAGCACAUCCAAACCGAGACCAAGCGUUUGCAGCAGGCUUCCUCGAAGAAGAGCCUCCUGUCAACCAGUGCCUCUGGCUCUGACGACGAUGUUGCUGGAGAUGCAGAAGCGCCGAUAUGGAUGACCCUCACCACCAAACAACAUAUCGUUGACAAGAACCGUCUCAAACCCAGCAAAAUCCCAGUCCCACAUUCUCUAAACACAUCUCCCGACCUUCGAAUAUGCCUUAUUACCGCAGAUCCUCAGAGAGCAGUGAAGAACCUGGUGGCCGACCCUGCAUUUCCGGAGCAGCUCAAAACGCGCAUCACUCGAAUAAUUGGCUUCACGAAAUUAAAGGCAAGAUACAAGACAUUUGAACAAUUGCGGCAGCUGCUAUCUGAGCAUGACAUCUUCCUGGCCGAUGACCGAAUAAUCACCCGUCUACCCCAGACGCUCGGCAAAGUCUUCUACAAGGGGCCAUCGAAGAGGCCGAUUCCAAUCAUUAUCGCAGAUUCGAGGAAAGACAAGAAAGAGUCCAAAAUGCCGAAGGACGACGGCGCGGCUGGCAAAAACUCAACACAGGCACUGGCGAAAGAAAUCGAGAAAGCCCUGAAUUCUGUGCCCGUCAGUGUCCGACCCGGCACUCUUGUCGCUGUACGCGUUGGACUGGCUGCCUUCAAGCCAGAGCAAUUGGCGGAAAAUAUCACUGCUGUUGUGAGUAAAUUGGUCGAAAGACACGUUGUGAAAGGAUGGAGAAAUGUUCGGGGCAUUCAUAUCAAAGGACAAUCUUCGACUGCGGUGCCCCUGUGGCUUGCGGAAGAUUUGUGGACGGAGACCGAGGAUAUUGUUGAGGCACUAGAGGGACGGGAGCAGCUGGAAAAUGGGGCCGAGCAAGAUGACAGUGGGCAGAAGCGCAAGCGAAACCCAGCGAGCACAAAAGGGCCACAGGCCGGCUCUCGGAAACGGGCAAAAGUGAUCGAGGCAAAGAAUGGGAAGAGAGGGUCUGACCAGGAAGGAGCUCAGGCAAGAAAGAGCAAACUGGCCGCUCAGAAAGCAAAGAUAUUUGGCGGGGAACUGUAG